AUGUUUGAGGAUAGAGAAAGUAUUUACUCAUUCGACUCUGUCAGCACGAGUGAGAGGUUACUAGAUAGGCUAGAUUUCGAUAAUGAGUCGAUCGUAUCGUCUAAUUACGACAACUCGUCUUUUCAAAGAGAUAGGCUAACUGCUACUUUGAAUCAACGACCUAUGAGUAACCUAAAUGCCAUUACGAGACUAAAAAACUACACAAAUCCUACAAGGCAAAACACUCCUUAUAAUAAGUCCCAACUUCAAACAUCACUUUACAGGAAGAACUCUUUACCAUUACUGAAAACUGUCAAUGAAAACGUGGUUUCAUCCGAAAACAAACUGUUGCCCAAGAAACAUGCUGAUGCUGAUAUAACGAAAGUUGCCAUAAAUACUGUUUACGAAAGUGCAGGUGCAAGUGCAAGUGCAAAGGCAAACAGUCAUCAUCAUCAUCAUCAUCAUCAUCCUCCUUCUGCUGCUGCUGCUGCUGCUGCGGAAACCAGCAAAUCGAAUACGACAUUCUAUAAAGACAACUCAGUUACGACUUUGCCAGAGAUGAAUCUAUACGAAAAAAGGCCACAACAAGUGAGGAGCCAACUACACUCUACUGAUUCAGUACUAACAUUGAAAACUACAUCUUCCUACGAUUCGCCUAAUUCAUCCAUGCACACUAUUCCCGGAAAACACCUUCCCUAUACAGUCGAUCUCACUACCACAACCACUCCAACUCCCGCUGCAACUAACACUCUUACUCCUACAUCAUCGCCAUCACUACAUGAAAGAAGCCUUAAUCUGUCACCAAGUUCACCAAGCCCCUAUCAACAUCAUUUUCUCUCGCAUACUACUCUCUCUAGAACUGCAUCAGCCCCAACAGUGAGAAAAGUAUCAAGCAAAGAAAAUGAAGCCAUCAAACUUAGUUCGUAUGGUUACAUGGGAGCCUCUUCAUAUUCAAAAAAUCAAAGUACCAUAGAAUACAUCACCCCCCAGCCAGGACGUCAUCAUUCCAAUUCUACAUAUCAAGAAGUUAGUCCCCAGUCAAGAACAGCGAUUGCCUUAGAACUAAGGGCGCUAAGUAACCAUCGCGAAGCUUCGUAUCAACUACAAAUUGCAGCUAAUGAGCCUUACCAUUAUCCCAAAGCAAUGUACCUUUAUGCAAUGGCCUUAAAACAUGGUCAAGGCGUUAAGCAAAACUACACAUCAGCAGUGAAAUGGUUAAGCAAGUGCAUACUAAUACAAAUCAGCUCUUUGUCAUUAUCCACGGGCUCGCUAAGUUUCCAAAGCCAUAAUUAUCUUGUAAUGUCAAAACUAAAUAAGUUAGGGGAAGCCGAUUUGAUACAGUUGGUACUUACUGAUUUGCGUAAUUCUAUGAACACAGACCCAUAUCAAAACGGGACAAACCCCGAUAUGCUAUAUCUGCAAUUUAAAGAAAUGAGUAAGAACCAAAUUCAGAAAGUAAUAAAUGCAAAUAAAAAUAACUCAAAUGUUUUAGCAUUAAGUUAUUUGGAAUUGGGUCUAUACUUGUAUAACAACUGGGGUUCUGUGACUAUUACUAAAAAUGAUGAAAAGAGUGCUAUAAUUUGUUUGUCUAAAGCAGGUUCAUUGGGGACUAUUGAAGCUAUGGAACAGUUGGGUGAAAUAUGGGCAACUAAAUCAAAAAGCCGCAAGAAGGAUCUAACCAAAGCUGCAGCUUGGUUGAGAAGUAUGGAGGUAUUUGGGGUAAAAUCAAUUGGGAAUAGUUGGAUAUAUAAGGAAAAGUAUAUACGUAGUAGUUCGUAA